CCCCUGACCUGCUGCGAAGUAAAACGUCACCGGAUCCACUCCACGUUUUUCCCUGCGCCUUAUUAAGCGCUGUGUGGGAGAAUCAGAGGAAAUAACAAGGCACAACAAACAAGAAGGGCGUGCAGAAUAACAGGAAAGCAUCGGUAUGUGCUGACUGAAUGAGGAGAAAAUGUGAAGGAACAUCAGAAAUCAGGACGUGUUUCUAUGCUGCUGCCGCUGCUGCUGCGUUCCCGGAGCAUCAUCUGUACCUUGAGCGGAGGAUGCUGCAUCUCCUCAUCCGCUGCUAUCUGCUCACAAUCUGUGCAGCCUCCUAAACUGCAUCUCACUGUGAAUCUCACAGCGUGUGACGGCUGGAAGAUUAUGUGCGAACAGGCUUUCGGGGAGCAGAUAGGUUGACUUAACGUUUAGGAGGUUUUGCCUGAGCAUCUGCAAGGAUUUUUUUUCCGCGCGCAGUCCUCCUCGGUCGCAUCACUGCCGACUUGUGUUAGGCGCAAAGGAGGGGGAAAGACAGACUUGAUAAUCCCCUCAGUGUUCAAUUAUUUAGCAGUAUCUGUUCCCCAGGAUCAACAUAUGCUGGUGUCUUUGUCUUACAUCCUCCGUGCGUGAUUUUAAACCCAGGCUUGAAGUGGCGUUGACACGGAUGAAAGCCGAUGGCCAGGCGCCCCAAAUUUCCUCAGAAGGGGGAUGCAACCUAAAAUAACCCCGGUGCCAAAUGCUUUCUGCACAUCGCAAACCGAGGGAGCCCUGAAUCUGUGACACAUACGGCUUCUCCGGAGACUCUCCCCCCUGCUGGCCCCCGAACAGUCGGAGCCCGGAUAUCGGCGACUUUUUAAUGGCUUUUGUGUUUAGAAGAUGGAGGGUUUUACUGGUGCUGAACGUGCUUGCGGUUGCGGGGUUCAUGACUUACUGGGCCAAGUGCAACACACGCAGCGUCCGAGCCGCCGGUCCGGAGGUUCCGGCUGACGGGAAGAGGCCCCGGGGCAACGGGACGGCGCAGGGCCCCAGCAUCAGCCAUGAGGUGCUGCUGAAGAGGCUCAGCUCGCUAGAGGAUGUGGUGUACAGGCAGCUAAAUGGUCUGUCCAAAUCUCUGGGCCUGAUUGAGGGCUUCGGGGGUCGGGGUAAAGGCGGCCUCCCUGCAACGCUGUUGCCAGCUGAGGAGAGCGACGCUAAAAACCUGAGGGAGAAGUACGGCUACAACGCCUACCUCAGUGACAAAAUCUCCCUGGAUCGGACCAUACCAGACCACCGACCCAGCAAAUGCAGAAAGGUCAGCUACCCGAGAGACCUCCCCCAGAUCUCCCUCAUCUUCAUCUUCGUCAACGAGGCUCUGUCGGUGAUCCUGCGCUCAGUCCACUCAGCUGUCAAUCACACUCCGGCUCACUUGCUCAAAGAAAUCAUCCUUGUGGACGACAACAGCGAUGACGAGCAGCUGAAAGGACCACUGGAAGAGUACGUGAACAAGCGCUACCCCGGCCUGGUGAAGAUUGUCAGGAACCAGAAGAGAGAGGGGCUGAUCCGAGCCAGAAUUGAGGGCUGGAAGGUGGCCACCGGUGAGGUGACGGGAUUUUUUGACGCCCAUGUGGAGUUCACCCCAUCCUGGGCUGAGCCGGUUCUGACCAGAAUAAAAGAGGACCACAAGAGGAUCAUCCUACCCUCCAUCGACAACAUCAAGCACGACACGUUCGAGGUGGAACGCUACGAGAACUCAGGCCAUGGCUACAACUGGGAGUUGUGGUGCAUGUACAUCAACCCGCCCAAACAGUGGUGGGAUGAUGGAGACACAUCAGCUCCUAUCAGGACUCCCGCGAUGAUUGGCUGCUCCUUCGUGGCCAACCGCAACUACUUCGGCGAGCUCGGCCUGCUUGACUCAGGCAUGGACGUCUAUGGAGGGGAAAACAUCGAACUGGGCAUCAAGGUGUGGCUAUGUGGAGGCAGUAUGGAGGUGCUGCCUUGUUCCAGGGUCGCUCACAUCGCACGGAUGAAGAAACCCUACCACAGUAACAUAGCUUUUCACACACGGCGUAACGCUCUACGCGUGGCUGAGGUCUGGAUGGAUGAGUACAAGUCUACUGUCUACCUGGCCUGGAACAUCCCAAUGGAGAACCACGGCAUUGAUUACGGAGACAUCUCUCAGAGGGUUGCACUGAGGAAGAGUCUAAAGUGUAAGAGCUUUGAGUGGUACCUUGACAAUGUUUACCCAGAGAUGAGGAGGUACAACAACACGCUGUUCUACGGAGAGACCCGUAACUCUAAAGCAAGCCACCUGUGUAUGGAUCAGGGUUUGAAGGAGAACCACACGGCCACCCUGCACCCCUGCCAUGGUUGGGGUCCUCAGUUAGGACGUUACACCAAAGAAGGUCAGCUGUUCCUGGGUCCUCUGGGAAGCACAGGGGAGGAAACUCGCUGUGUGGUGGACGAUCAGAUCAGCCAGUUUCCUCAGCUCCUCAACUGUGAGAAGGUGACCAAUGUGAAGCAGAAGACAUGGAAUUUCUCUCAGAAUGACUCAAUCGUAAAUCGAGCCACGGGACGCUGUCUGGAGGUAGUGCCGGCUAAUGCUUUCUUCGGCCACCUGCUGGUUCUGCAGCCCUGCUCUGGACAGAAGUGGGCCAUUAAGAACACCAUGAAGCCGUAGAUAACUGGCUAACUUUACUGGGACCAAUGACAUCAGAGGUCACUUUUAAGAGCUGUCACCUAAACCUCGGCUCAGGACAACUGAUGAGGCGCAGGCUCCUGGUCUCUUCAAGAGAAGACGGAGAUGAUUUAAAAGAGACGUGAGCUGCAAACAUCUCAGUGAUACAAGUUUUGUGAAAAAUGGUUGUUUUUUACAAAGCAGACAUUCAAAAUGAUGCAAGUUUAGCAUGAGGACUGUUUCUCUUUCUCCAUCUAAAUUUGACAAAAUUUCAGUGUGAUGUUGCCAUAAUUCCUGUGCCACUUCUCUGCAAUGUUUUUAGGUUUAAGGAUGGAGAUUUGAUCAGCCAAAACUGUUCUGUCUUAUGUGUGUGGGGGGAAUAGGGUUUCUAUCUUCAUCCUCAAAAUGUUUCUACAUGAUUUCAUUCUGUAUCAUGUUAUGUCUUUUAAGAUGUGUAAAAGAAUAAAACACCUGGA